AAGCCCCCACCUACCAGUAUAAUUCUGACAACUCUCAAUCUUCAGCAUGUCCAAAACUUUCACGAUCUACACUUCCUCAGCCGACUCCAGUAAGGUCCUGAAGAAGAAUGUCCAGAUUGCUCUGACGGUGACUCCUGCUGAUCAAAGCAAGCUGUUCACUGGUGAUCAAAGUCCUGUCGUGUGGAAGGCUUGGGAUUUUAUUGCUCGCAGUGAUACCACCCAGAGUGCCACUUGGGUCUCUCAGCCUGCCUUCGCUGUUGCUGGGAAUACCUCUGAGGCCAUUGCUUGUAACGUCGGUAACGCGGUGGUCUUGACCACCAAUGGACUUGUUCAAGGAAGCACCCUCAAUCCCGCCGUCCAAGGACAGCAGGACAACGUAAUGGCUCGCAACCGCGUCAACAUUAAGCAAACGUUCCUGCUCGGGUCCAUCGAUGGCUCCGGCACAUACAAUCCUUUCCUGCGACUUGCUGCUACUAAUCCCAAUGACGGUGCCGUCACCCUUGGCCCCGGUGUCAAGCUCCAAGCUUAUGGGGUUCAAUCCGGAACCUACGCUCAACCCUCUGGUGAUGGCCAGCUACUGGAGAGCACGGACAAGGGCAACUACAUCUUCCGCACGUACGAUGGAACUGCGUCGCCCAUCGACCUGCCCGGUCUUACCAAUAACACGACUUACCUGCUCUACUCUAACACGAGUGGACAGCUCGUCCUCGAGGCCCAGUGAACGUUCGGUUGAGUGUGAAGCGCUGCAUCCAUCAUGAUGUUCACGUUUCCUCUUACCUCGUUGGACGGUCUGUGAAGUACUUCGUCGAAACCCAUAUCACGUUAGCUUCUGCUUUCUCGCCACCUUUUGUACAAUAGCCUGUGAAGAUGUAUCUCGUGCAACUGGAAUUUGAAUGUAUAUACAAGUUAUGUUCCCCAAGAGUGACACUUUCGGGCCUGCUAUACAUCAUCCGACAUAUUGGCAACCUC